UUAAAUACACACCAAUAUAUUUCAUAAUAAUUGGAACAAUGUACAGAUUAAUCAUUUUCCUGGGCUUUUCAGUUUACAGGUCAUUAUUUUCUUCUUUUUCUUUGAGUUGAGAAGAACAAAAUGGAGUAUAUACUGUAAAUUAUGUUAAUCUCUCAGUGAUGUUGAAAUCUGGAUUGUGAUUGGUCAGACGCUAACUUUUUGUUUGUUUGUUUCACAACAUCAAAUGUAAAUUUAAACGGUUUAAAAAAUAUAUUAUAUGUUCUUAUUUUAUAACUCCAAAUUGUUGGUAUAGGAAAAUUAUCAACUUUUGAGUGAUAACAGUCACUUUGCUUCAUUAAACACCUCAGGGGGCAAAGUUAGUUGUGUUCAAAAAAGAGGUCUGUCUUUAGCCUUUUUUUGGAGAUAGCGACAGAUUCUUCCGUACGGAUUGAGGAUGGAAGUUCAUUCCAUCACUGAGUGUCAGUCAGUUUGAAGGUUCUGCAACGGGACCUCAUGCCUCUCUGAGUAUGCAUUACCAGUUGUCAGUCGUUAACUGAUAGCAGGUUGCGUGAAGGAACAUAAACCUCAAGGAGAGUGUUGAGGUAGAGAGGUGCUGUUUCAGACAAGGUCUUGUACGUGAGCAUCAAGGCGUUGAAUUUGAUAUGGGCGGCUUCAGCAAACCAAUGGAGAGAGAUGAAGAGGGGUGUGACAUGGAUUCUUUUGGGCUGGUUGAAAACAAGGCAUGCUGCUCGACACAGCCUACACUCUGUGGGAGUAUGAUUUGCUCCUGGGAUGAAGUCUGUAGUCAGAUAAAUGGAGAUUAUGGCUGUGCCUGUGGGUACAUUACAACGCGCGGCCCAAAUCCUUACGAUGCCAUUGAGACAUGUUCAGGAAGUACUGGAUCACUGUCUCUUUCUCGCUGUGAACUCUUUGAAGACGGAUAUUCUGCAGAUAAUCUCCACAUGAACGACCAAAACUGCAAAGGGGAGCUCCAAGAUAACAGGCUGGUGUUCAGCUUUGACAGUAAUUUCAACAUGUGUGGCACAACUCUGGAGAAUAACAGCACACACAUCAGCUUCAAGAACAGCGUUGGGACAACUGAUGGUAUAGGUGUGAUCAGUCGUGCUGGUGGCCUCAACAUCAACUUUUCCUGUGUGUAUCCACUCAUCCAGAGCAUCUCCAUGCCCACGGCUAUUGAAGGCAGAGGAGGUGUAAUCAGCAAGUAUCUGUCUACCGAGGGCUCGUACCAGAUCACCAUGAUCCCGUAUACCGAUGCUACAUUCCAGGAUCCACUCUUUGGCAAUGUGACCCUAGAUGUGAACCAUCAGAUGUAUAUAGCUGUGCAAGUGGAUCAGUUCGACAGCACUCAAAUCGGGCUUGUGCUGGACAGCUGCUGGGCCACGCCCAUCAACCAGAUCGACUAUUACAUCCGCUGGGACCUGAUCAGUAACGAGUGUCCGAACCCCAAUGAUGGCACGGUGGCGGUGUUGCAGAACGGUGUCUCCACGACCAGCUACUUCUCCUUCAGGAUGUUCACAUUCACCGGCUUCUCCAACAAGAUCUACCUGCACUGCCAGGUCCAUCUCUGUCUGCUAGAGACAGGCAAUUGUGCACAGAUGUGCACUGGAGGCCUUUCCAGAAGACGCCGAGCUGUAGAUUUCUACGAUUCAGCUGCCAUUUCCAUGGAAUUCUGAUUUGUUUGCUUUAAACUUUCUAUCAUUUUAUUUUCAUUUUUGUUUUAUCUUUAAUCAUUAAGUAUUGCUUUGCUUUAAUCAUAAAUGCAAAUUAUAAAAAUUCAGCUUUUUUAAAUUCAUAACAUCUUGUAAGUGAUUGUACUCAUCUGUGCUGCCUUAAUCAGUCAUAAUAAAUCUUU